CGAGAUCUCAGUGGCUGCACUACCCUUCCUAGACUUUUUAGCAAGCUUUCAAAAUUGGUAGCUUCAGAGUUUUUGCCGUUAAAUUGGUUAUAAAGUUAUAUACUAGGAGUUCUCUUCAACAGUACCCCUAAAUAACGUUUUCGGUAGAGCUGAUCAUCAAUCAGAACAAUGGUGCAUUAUUCUAGAAACCAGUGCUAUUAGUUCGUUAAUAGAAAUAAUGUUGAAUACCCCAUAAAUAUUUGAUGACAUGUUAACCGAUUAGGUAAGUUGUGUACCCACAUGGCAAAUUAUUUACUAUACAGUUUGUUUCAAUAGGGUGGCUGUGAGAGGAAUGAAGUUGCAAAAAGUGCUAUUAUUUGCAGCCACUAUCGUUGUGGCAGUAGGAGCACUACCAUCUUCUAUAGAGUCCGAAGAUGAAUCGUUAGAGGGUUUGGGCGUCAUAAUGGAAAUUAGUGAUGAUUCUGAAAACAGAAAAGCAAAGCCUAAAAGAAUACGACAACCGAACUGUUACCAAGUCAAGGAAGGAGUAUUCCCGGCACAAAACUGCGAUCAGUAUUAUAUAUGCAUAAAACAAUUCUGGUGGUUCACCGCUGAAUUGCAUACUUGCCCAGCUGGUCAAAAAUAUAGCGACAUAGCUAAUGGCUGUGUUACUGGAAGCUGUAGAAAGGUUCCUAAAACAAGAAAUGUGCUUCCGCCAACAUGUGAGGAGACCGGCCCUGGAGUUUUUGUUGCGCCAAACUGCAACCAAUAUUACGAAUGCGUCAAGAUCUGGUGGUGGUACAGCUUGAAUUUGAGGUCCUGUUCGCCCAGUAAGGUAUACGACCCCCACGAGCAGCUCUGUGUUCGUGGCAAAUGCCAGUGAGUUCUAGGGGAUGUGCUUCGAGUAUGCAUCUUUAACAGCAACUUAUUAGUUGUCAUAAAAUAAAGUUCGUUAUGUUGUACACAUGCAUUCUUUUUUUACUAUACAGGAUAUUCCACGUAAAACUGCAGCGACUGGUCACUCGAGAAGAUGACGUGAGUUAAUUAUGAAGAUUUGGAUUUAUAGGUUAACUGAUUAAAGCUAUUCGUCUAAAGUAUUUUCAAAAUGGUGGCGCUCCUAGCUAUAUAAGAAGUGGAUUCCAAUUUUCUUAUUGAUGUAUGUUAUUCAUUUCUUGGACUGUACUGGCGAGGAAUAGAGAAAAAUUUCGAAAAUUAAAUAUCUAUUUUUUUGGAUGUUAUAUGACAUUUUCAUCACGAAAAACCAUGUCGAUCUGUUGGUGUCCGCUAUUCCUUGGCCCGCCUAUGACUUGGAAAGUACCGGUCGGAUUUUGUUGAAAUUUCCAUACAAGGUUAUUAAUAUGUCAAGGACGACAAAGCAGUGCAGUUUUAGAAAAUCGGUUCGGUGGCGGUGGAGAAGGCCAAAAAUGAAAAAAGUUAAAAUCGGUCAAACCUCGUCUUUUGGCGUUUCAGGAUCAUAAUCGUUUUUCAAAAUUUGUUAUCAGUAAACAGUCGAGGGUGGAAGCUGUAGGAGCCGGAGGAGGACAAGCCGCAAUUUUUUGUUAGUAUGUUAAUACGCUUCUAACCCCAAUAAUUAUACGCACC